AUGAGAAGGCAAUCUCUGCAAAAAAAUGUCGUUGUUUCCAAGCUGGGAUAUUGGGGAAACAAUGAUCAACAUGGAGAUAUUAAGCCUCAGGCUUGUACUGCUUCAACUAAAGCAGGUGGUGGAGAUGAACAAAAACCACACCAAAAUCUGAGCACUGGAACAUACAUAUCAUCUGCUGGAAGCCACGACCAGUUUUCUGCUGAGAGACCAUCAAACCAGAGCAGCACCUAUACUGAGAAAAUUUCAUCUGCCACAUCUGCUAUAGCCGACAAGGCAAUAUCUGCUUAG